AUGCAUUCACCGAUCCUGAAUAAUUUGAAUAAAGAUUUUAAAACUUGUUCUGCUCAGAGCCAUGAUGCUUUACCAAAUUCUGAUCAGGUGCAAAUCGAUUUAACCUGCAACGAAGUGAUGCCGUUAGAAGAACUCUCAUUUAACGUAACUGAACAAAAUGAUAUAAGUUCAUCAACGUACGCGUUGCAAUGUGGUUUUGAUUCCGAUGACUGUGCGUGA